AUGGGCUCAAUUGUAAGCUAUGCAUGGAUUGGUAGCCAUUUCACAUCUAAAUUUUUACAAAAACAAAAGAUGAGUGUUAGGCUACUAAAGGAAGAAGUAAAACAAAAAUUUGGAAUUGAUGUGAGUAUGGGACAGUGUAGAAGAGCAAAGAAAUAUGCAAUUGAACUUAUUGAAGGGAUGAAACAAGGUUGGAAAGGAAUUUGUAGAAGAGUAAUAAACCUGGAUGGUUGUUUCUUAAAGGGAUUAUGUAGUGGAGAAUUGAUAUGUGCCGUAGGAAGAGAUGCUAACAAUCAUAUUUUCCCAAUAGCAUGGGCAGUUGUGUGUGUGGAAAAUAAAGAAAAUUGGAAAUGGUUUUUGGAGAAUCUUCAAGAUGAUCUACAAGUUGAUGAUGGUAGUGGUAUCACCCUUAUGUCAAAUCAACAUAAGGGGUUAUUGGAGGCUGUGAAGGAAGUAAUGCCUAAUGCUGAACACAGACAGUGUGCAAGGCAUAUUGUUGCCAACUUUAGGAAAAUGUUCAGUGGUGUGCAUUAUGAGAGGAUGUUUUGGAAAGCUUGCAAAGCAUCAACUGAACCUUUAUUCAAUGCAGCAAUGAAGGAAAUACAAGUACUAAAUCCUGCAACAUUUGACUACCUUAUGGAAAAGAACCCAAAAUCAUGGAGUAGAGCUUUCUUUAGAGAGGGGAGGAUGUGUGAUGCAGUUGAAAAUGGAUUAUCUGAAAGCUUCAACAAUGUCAUUAGAGAUGCAAGGAAAAAACCAAUAAUCACAAUGUUAGAAGAAAUUAGGUUGUAUGUUAUGGAGAGGCAAUUCAAUCUCACCAUCAAAGGUUGUUCAUGGCCUGAUUAUAAACCAUGCCCAGCCAUUACGAUCCUAUUGAAUCAGUUGAAAAGAGCUCAAAUGUUUUUUUCUUUUCUAUUAAUACUUUAUUUGGUUUUACCUAUUGGUUUAAACCAGUUUGAAACAAGGAAUUUGGCAGAGUCUUACAUUGUGGAUGUAGAUAGGAGAACUUGUUCAUGUAGAGUGUGGAAACUAAAUGGGUAUGGAUGUGUGCAUUCAGUUGCAACAAUCUCAUACCUUAACAGUGAUGUUGGUAAUUAUGUGGAUCCAAUGUACUAUGGAGUAAUUUAUAAGAACACCUACAAGUAUCCUAUGCAUGGGAUGAAUGGUAGCAACACGUGGCCACCUACUGAAUUCAUUCCACCUUUGCCACCAUUGAAAAGAAAAAUGCUAGGUAGACCUAAAGUUAAUAGAAGAAAGGAUUCAAGUGAAAGGGGUGCUAGACAUACUGUGUCAAAGGUUGGGAAAAAGAUUAUGUGUAGUGUAUGCAAACAAGCAGGACAUAACAAGGUUACAUGUUCUAAAUCUGAAAAGCCAACAAAACUAGAGGUAAGGAAAAGGAAGAGAUCAGAUGUUAUUGAUGGGGAGGGAAGCAAUGCUAAGAAGGCAAAAGGUAUGACAGAUGAGGAAGGAGGGAGGGGUAAUAAGGGCAUUAAUGGAAAAGUUGGGGAAGGAAGCAAUGGUAAGAAGGCAAAUGAUGUUAUAGAUGAUAAAGGGGGGAGGGGUAAAAAGGGCAGUAAUGGUAAUGUUGGGGAAAGAAGCAAUGGUAGGAAGACAAAGGAUGGUAAAGAUGAUAUAGGAGGGAGGGGUAAAAAGGUAAUUGUCAAGACAAGAAAGAAGUCGGAAAUAAUUUUGAAGAAAAAACUUGGUACACAGGUUGAGGGUAACAAUGGGGAAGGCUACACUAUUGACAAGCCAAUGGAACUAGAAUAG